UCAUAGAUCAUUGUGUAAACUCCAUUUCCAACUCAAAUCGAAGCCAUCGAGUGCCUACCUGUACGACAGCCACAUGCGACAUGCCUCGGCUAUUUUACUUGUCGGAAAACUCAGCCUUUUGUUCUGUUCCUCAGCCUGAUUCAGCGCGGUAGCCAAAGCGCCUCCAGCAAGCACUGCGCGUUAAUGCCGGCGCGCGCGCCGGUUCCCGCACCCACUCCACUCUCCGACUCUCGCCACGUCUGACUCCACCUGCCUCGGCCGCGGCGCUAUAAGAUGCCACGCCGUGGCAGGCAGCUCUUGUGCAAGUGCAAGGUGCAAUCAAGCUGAUCACUCGGUCGUUGCUGCCAAGCUAGCUGUACCGGUGGAUGGCUCGGGGAAGAGGCAGUGCGAGCAGCGGUGGCGUCCUCGGCGCGGCGCUCCUGAUCGGCUUCCUCGUGACGAGCGCCCCGCUCGCCGAGGCGGCGGCGUCGUACAUGGUCGGCGACUACGGCGGGUGGAAGUUCAACGUCGCCGGGUGGGCCAGGGGGAGGACCUUCCGCGCCGGCGACCUGCUGGUGUUCAACUACAACCGGGCGGUGCACGACGUGGCGAUCGUGAACGCGGCGGCGUACCGGAGCUGCGUGGUGCCCAGGGGCUCCAAGGUGCUGCGGAGCGGCCGGGACAAGGUGAAGCUCGGCAAGGGCACCCACUACUUCGUCUGCACCGUGCGGGGACAUUGCCAGGCCGGCAUGAAGAUCGCCGUCAGGGUCGUGUAGGGGCUGGCGCUGGGCUAGCUAGCUGUAGCGACGUCCUGACGUCCAGCUCAAGAUUGAUCCAUGACCCAAGCUUGUGGUAGCCUGCAGGAUCUAGUGCUAGUUAAGCAGUUUGCUUAGUUAAUCUACUAGUGUGCGUUCUGGUCGUGUGUACGUCCUGGGUCCGUUUGUUGUUGUUCUUGAGCUGCUAUGUACAAGUUGCAACUAGUGUGGCUUUUGUGGCCUCGGCUUGGUUGUGAGCUGUGGCAAAUCUUCUGUAAAAUUCGAAAGUGUGUGGCUAAAUUGCAGUGGUAAAUUCAAAAGGCAUGGCUAGUAGCCAGAGUAUAAUAAUUGCACACUUCCUAAUGAUCGGGUGAUUGAAAUCUCAAACGCUUCAGUCGAUGUUGUGAACACGCGCUAAAGAAAAAUGGGUGAUGGUGAGAUUUAGAGGUGGGGGGAGGUCAUCAGGUGCUGGGUUUACAGGGUGCUUGGGGAGACGAUCAGAUUGGCGAUGGGUAACAGAGUGGUGGUGGCAACAUUGGCGGCGUAGGUGGCGAGCUGGUGGUACCGAUGGCGGGGAGCACAAAAACGAGUGGUUA